AUGCUAGUGAACACGAUACGAUGGAUGGCGUAUUUUGUGCUUCUUAUCAGUCAGAUCGGAGGGUUCCUACUUUUCCUCCGAGGGUUCUUCCCAUCCAAAGUAGUGUUGGACGGUUUCAGUCAGUUUAAUGGCGACAGUCCCAGUCCCUUCCUUAGUGAUAAUGAUACUCCUCAUUUCUCCAAGGUCAUUCUUAUGGUUGUUGAUGCCAUGCGUGCCGAUUUCCUAUACGAUGAGUCGGUCUCUCAUAUGCUGUUUGUUCAUGAACUUUUAAGGAAAGGUGAAGCUAUUGGGUUCGAUGCCUUCUCCAAUCCUCCAACAGUCACCUUGCCUCGGUUAAAGGGGAUUACUACGGGGAAUACACCCAAUUUCCUUGAUGCUAUUCUUAACAUUGCUGAUGAUCAAGACGACUCUCAAAGUCUUGCUUCACAAGAUUCUUGGUUAUACCAAUUCAAGACUAAUGGUAAUAAGAAACUACACUUCUUUGGUGAUGAUACUUGGCUUAAACUUUUCCCCCAUGAACAAUUCUUUGAGCAAUAUGAAGGAACAAGCUCUUUCUUUGUCAGUGAUUUCACUGAAGUUGAUAAUAACGUCACUCGUCAUUUGGAUGCCCAAUUAGAUAAUGCCCAAAAUUGGGAUGGGUUGAUUCUUCAUUAUCUUGGGUUAGACCAUAUUGGUCAUAAGGGGGGGCCUAAGCUGCCAUUUAUGAAACCCAAACAAUUGGAAAUGGAUGCCAUUGUAGAAAGAUUAUAUGCUUAUUCAUUACUCCAUCCAGAAACCUUAUUGGUAGUUAUGGGUGAUCAUGGUAUGAAUGAAGUUGGUAAUCAUGGAGGUUCCUCUGAAGGUGAAACAAGUAGUGGUAUGUUAUUUGUAUCUCCUAAAUUCUCCAAAAUUGCUAUGCCAUUACCGAAGGAGGGUCCUAUCAAAUCUCUACAAAAAAUUAAUCAAAUUGAUUUGGUACCUUCAUUAGCAGCAUUACUUAACUUUCCAAUUCCAAAAAAUAGUAUUGGUGUGAUGAUUCCUGAGUUUUUACGAUUAUGGAAAUCACCAGUAAAUGUUCUUAGACAAAAUGUCAAUCAGUUUGUUGACUUACUUGAAGCAAAGUUCAAAAGCUCUGAUAAGUUUGAUGAACAAACUCAAGCGUUAUUGGAUAAAUACUCAACCUCCAAUAAUAAUAUCGUUGACGGGUACAAGUUAUUACGUCAUGUCCAAGACGAACUAAUGAGAACUGCUACUGACUACAAUUACGAAGAUAUUUGGACAGGAGCAGCUGCAAUGAUUAUUAGUACUGUGCCUAUAAUUGCAGUUUACAACAUUUACUUCUUCAGAAUUAACCAAGGAAGCAACAUUUAUCCAUUGGCUUUUGAAGUAUUUGUAUUUGCAUUUUCAAUCCAUGUAUUUGGCUCAUCAUUAAUUGAAGAAGAACAUCAAUUAUGGUGGUUUGUUGCCACCUUAGCAAUGGUGUUACUGAUAUUUACCUACAAAAAGCAAGCUGCAAAGUAUUUACCUUGGAUAUUGCUUAUCUUGAUAAUGAUGAGAGUCAUAAGACAAUGGAAUAACACUGGCCAGAAACAUAUUAUGCCCUUCCCCGUUUCCAAAGUAUUGCUUGACCAUCCUCAAGUGUUAUGGAGUAUAAAUGCAUUGACUAUAUUUGUCUAUACAGUGGCUAUUUAUUCUCAAGGUUCAGUUAUGACUUCAAUGCAAUUGGGUAAUACAAAGGAUAAGUUCUUUAAUACUAGUGAUCCAGGCCAUUUAUUACUGUUUGUUUUAACAUUUGUGACUUCUUCGGUACUCUUAUUAUUCAAGAUCUCCCAAUUCUAUGGUGAUGGGAAUGAUUUAUAUCAUGGGCUCUUCCAUUGGUUUUUUUUGAAGGGAAUGGCAUCGUUUGAUAAUGUUGAUUACAACAAUAAGACGGUGCUUCAAGAUAUAAAUGUCCAGAUUUCUCGUCUUACAUUUUAUUGCAUUGGAGGACUAAUGGUUUUCAAAUUAAUUAUGGGUAAGGUAAGAAACACCAAAUGGGGUUACUUUACAGAUAUGGCGAACCUUUCUACGUUAAUCUUGAUACAGUAUUCAAGGCUGGAAGUGAUCCCCAUUUAUUUAAUCUUUUUUGUGAUUAAAUAUGCAUUUUCCAAACUUUUAAAUCACGUUGAAGUCGACCAAUUGUUGGUAUCUGUGACAUGGUUCACCAUAAUAAUGCAAAACUUAUCAUUCUUCUCCAUAGGAGGAACAAACCUGUUAGCCACCGUUGAUUUAUCAAAUGCUUAUAAUGGUGUUGGGUCGUAUAAUGUUUUCCUUGUGGGGUUCCUUACGUUUUUAUCCAACUUUGCAACUCCUAUUUAUUGGUCAUUAUCAAGCUUACAAUUAAUAUUUGAAAAGGAUGUGAUCCAAUGGAAGUUUGGCCAAAAAACGUCAUUAAAUCUUUCCAGUCUUAGAUACCCAAUCCUUUUAAUAAAGUCAAUGAUCUCCUUACUUUAUUAUAGCAUAUUUGGAACCUUGCUAGUACUAUCAUGUAUUAAUUUACGGUUCCACUUAUUUAUUUGGACAGUGUUCAGUCCUAAGUUGUUAUACUUUGGUGUUUGGUUUGUAUUUGUUAAUACCCUUACAGAUUUGGUAUUACCAUUAGUGAUGCUCAUCUUAUACUAA